GAGCUACCUGUAAAUAGUGUAGAUAUAGUACGGACUUGACGCUUUGUUUCUUAGAAAAAUUGAGUUGAAUUUUGUAUAAAGAAAAUGUGAAGUUUUUAUUUUACUUGCAAUAAAUUUAUUUUCAUUUAUUUUAAAUGCUAAGAUUAUUCAAUUACGAAAGACUGAGGAAUUGUGUGGUUGUUUCUUGAAUAUUGAUGAAAAUGCAAUAAAUCUGCUCACAUAUAUUACAUAUAUAAUAUAUACAUAUGCAUAUGUAACCAUCUACAUACACACCGUGCAUUAUUUACCUUAACUUGUUUCACUGCUGACCUGCCAGAUCUUCCAGAUAAAGUGAUUUACCCAUCGUAAAGAAAUCGUUCCAUUAUUUUUGUACGACAGCCAAAGUGGUGAGCGAUGGCCGAAGAUCGUGAACUCAUAGAAAAAUAUGGCCGACCUAUGCCAUAUGACCGUAAUUUUCGUGGACCGGAAUGGCGUAAUAGGAGAUGCACAGAUUUGCCCUGCCUGCUGAUUUUCAUACUUUUCUUAGCUGGUUGGGGCUUUAUCGCCCAGUACGCCGUGCGUAAUGGAGAUCUCAAUAAAUUGGUUGUGCCAACUGACUCAUUCAAUCGCAAAUGCGGCAUCGAUUCAUCGGUAUUGGAUAAAAAAUAUUUAUUUUUUUUCGAUUUGGGUAAAUGUAUUGAUCCCGUUGUACCAUUGACGGGCUGUCCCACACCGCAAGUUUGUGUUGAAAGUUGUCCUACAGAAAAUUUCUUCUGGGAUAAAAUGAAGAAUUCGCUUCCAUUUGGCGAAUUAAAGAAACGCAUGAUUUGCCUGACUGAUAAUGAUAAGAAUAAGCUGAAUACUAUUGAUGACAUGCAAAGAGCCAUCGACCAGGAACGUUGUGCACGUUUGUAUAUAAAGAGUGCGCCAUUUUUGAAUCGGUGCAUGUGGGAAUUCUCACCAGAAGUUUGUGAACGUUUACCGUCCUUUUUAUUGCCACGGAGCAAACGCACUUCUAGUGGAUCUCAAAACGCCAGUCCCAAUGCGAAUGAUAGCCGCGGCCUACUUGAUGCCUUGGUGGCCGACAAAUCACAAUUAACGCAAAUGCAGUUCGAAGCUUUGGCCUUAACAACAAUACCCGAGCCGCCAGCAGUUAAAAAGCAGCAAGCACUUGCUGAGGAACCCAUUAUACAAUGUCGUCGUCGUACCGAACAAGCUGAAACCAUCAAACAGAAGGUGCGACAGACUGAUACGCGUUUGGCUAAGUUAGUUGGCAACAUGGUGGCACAUUUCUAUAACGGUACGCAUGAUAGCCAACAGCUGGGAGAGGAAAUAGUAGAAGAUAUUAUAAACUCCUGGUACGUGGUGUUAAUGGCGCUAAUGUGCACUCUGGUCGCUUCGUUAAUUUUGAUCGCCCUGAUGCGCUGGUUCGCUGCACCCUUUCUUUGGUUAUCCAUACUGGGUGUGUUAGUCGGUCUUGGAGUCGGCAUCUAUUACACGGUGAAAGAGUAUCGUUUUUGGCAGCAAACCGCUACUGUGCCCAAUCACUCCAUUACCUUGGAGGCGGCGGUAACGAAUGUGUUGCAGAAGUCUAGUACAUGGUUGUACUUAAGCAUUUUUCUAAGCAUCGCUUUCGUCGUUAUACUACUUACGGUUAUUGUGUUGCGUACGCGGAUCAGCAUAGCCAUUGCAUUGACAAAGGAGGGCAGCAAAGCGGUCUCAAGCAUCAUCUCUACUGUCUUCUUUCCGAUUUUCUCUUGGAUACUCUUCGUUUUAGCUGUUGUAUAUGUUAUUGCAGUUGGACUUUAUCUGGGUUCGAUUGGCGAACCCUCAUUCCGCAUGAUACGUCAAUUGGACAGCAACAGCGCGACUGGUGUUUAUACAGAGAAUUGCGUCUGUACCGGGCAAGCUAUUGAAUAUAAAGUGGGUGCACGUUGUGAUCCGAAAAUUUUUGAACAAAACUGUUAUGUUAAUGAAUUUCUGCUUCAACGUGUACCUUGUACGCGCACGACCUGCAGUUUUGCUGAAAUCGAACAUCCACCAUUUGUUACAUGGUCCAUAUGUUACAAUGUUUUCGGCUUCUUUUGGUUAACAUUCUUCAUAGCAGCCUUCAGUGACAUGGUGUUGGCGCUAACAUUCGCCACUUGGUAUUGGACAUAUAAGAAGCGUGAUGUGCCAUUCUUUACGCUCGGACGCGCAUUCCGUCAAACCAUAUUCUAUCAUCUCGGCACAUUGGCGUUCGGCGCACUAAUACUUGCCGUAUGUCGCAUGAUACGCGUGGCGUUGGAAUAUCUCGAUUCGAAGCUUAAAAAAUACGAUAACGCCGUCACACGCGCCAUACUCUGCUUUAUGAAAUUCUUUUUCUGGCUACUCGAGACCUUCUUACGCUUCCUCAAUCGCAACGCGUACAUCAUGUGUGCCAUACACGGCAAAAGUUUCUGCGCCAGCGCCAAGGAUGCAUUCAAUUUGAUAAUGCGCAACUUUUUACGUGUCAUCGCCGUUGAUAAAGUCACCGAUUUUCUCUUCUUCCUAUCGAAACUGCUACUAACAGGUGCAGCCGGUGUGGGUACCUAUUACUUUUUGGUGCACAGUCCACAUCUUAUACAAUUGCACUACAACGCGGUACCGGUUACACUGGUUGUGAUAACUACCUUCAUUAUGACAACCGUGUUCUUUGGCGUCUAUUCGAUGGCUGUGGAUACGCUCUUCCUGUGCUUUUUGGAAGAUUGUGAACGCAAUGAUGGCUCACCGGAGAAACCGUAUUACAUGUCCAAGCAGUUGAUGCGUAUUUUAGGUAAAAGAAAUAAAUUUCCACGUCAACGAAGUAGCAGCUAAGAAACCAGGGAUGAUAUUACGCGCUGGAGCUUUAGUUUAGCUGUAGUUAAGAGAGGUUUAGGAGUAAAAGACAUUGUAUGUAUUGAAUAAUUGUACAAAAGAAUACCGUAAGUGCUGGAAUCUGCUGGUUUUGUUAUUGUUCGAACCCGUUAGUGUUAUGUUUGGAAAGUGAAAGGCUGAGAAUGUUGUGAGGCAACCAAUGGCAAUAUUAUAAAAUUAUGUAUGAAGACGAAUACACGAGUCUCAAGAACUUAGUUAGAAAUAACUGCAAUAUGGAAAAUAAAUACUUAUUUAUUUACCUUUACUAUAUGUACACAUAUAUGUAUCUAUGUUAUGCAUACGAAUAUAGACAUAUGUAUGCAUUUAUAUAUACAUAAAUGGUUAUUAAAUUGAUAAUACUGAAUACUUUAGUAUAUACAUAAAUUUAUGUAAUUCGAAAAAAUUAUAUAUAUGUGAUUACGAGAAGAAAAACAAAACUAUGUUAAUAAUGUUUAAAUUUUAUUAUUAGUCGAACGAUUUAUGCUUAAAAAUCGAUAACUGCUUGGUGCUUAUUUAAAGUGAUUUGUAUCGAAAGAACAUUUUUCGUAUUUAUGUAUAGUUCACCAAUAUAUGCCAAAAUACUAUACUAUACUAUACUAUGUUAAGUAAAA